AGAUGCCAAAACUGGAUCAAAAACGGAUUUUGCACGAGCACAUUCUAUUCUGAUGCGCAGAAAAGGCAGUACUGUGGACGCCCCUGCGGUCUUUCAACUUUCAAAUGCUCUUCCAAAAUGAAAUGGCUUCCUGGGCCAUGUACUCGUCACCAAUUUGCUCCCUCAGAAAAAUCUGGUAUUAGACGGACGGAGAACUAA